AAAUUUGAGAAUUCAUUCCUGUCUAAAGUCAUCCCAAAAAAAAAAAAAAAAUGGUGGUAACAUGUCUCCACCCUACUCUAAACCCUUGCUUUAAACCCAAAAUUUCAUUCCCUUCUCAAAACCCUGACUCUUUCCCUUUUAAAUCUCUCAUUGCUUCCCCUAAAACCUUCAGUUUUGCUAAACCGAUAAUCUCUUUACAAGUCAAAGCAAAAUCUCCUGCUCUUUCAGAUGAACUGCCACUGGAUGAUUCCCCCUCUGAAUCUUCUUCUGGUAAAGAGAAGCUUGGAGUGGUGGUGAAGCCAUUAGAGAAGCCAAGGGUAGUAUUGAAGUUCAUAUGGAUGGAAAAAGAUAUAGGGAUGGCUCUUGAUCAAGUGAUACCAGGCCAUGGUUCAAUCCCUUUGAGUCCAUAUUACUUUUGGCCAAGAAAAGAUGCUUGGGAAGAGCUCAAGGUUUUGCUUGAAAGCAAGCCAUGGAUAUCUCAUAUGCAAAGGAUUCACCUUCUCAACCAAGCCACUGAUAUCAUCAAUUUAUGGCAGACAAGUGGUGGUGACUGAGCUGAACAUUCCAAAGCUAAGUUCAAGAUUGAUGAUAUACAAUUUGCUUUAGCCGUAGAAUUUUCACCCUCAUUUAGUAGCAAACUGGAAUCGGCAAUAUCAAUUGUUCCUUUAGGUAGUGACUCUUUAACCCAAUGUUUCAAAUUCGUUUCUCCGAUGAACAUUUCAUUUGUGGGUUUCUUUCUUGUGAAAGUUUCCAUUAAUAAGAUACCAUAACUAUAGACAUCACUUUUUAUGGAAAUAA